AUGUUUAAUAAUGUUAGAGGUUAUAUACAACUUCAUCCUUUCCACUUAGUUAGCCCAUCUCCUUGACCUAUAUUUUCAGCUUUUAGUUUAAUGAACUUAGCUUUAUCAUUAGGUUUAACAGCUCAUGGUUAUAUUGCUAAUAAUAUUUGAAUUUUCUUAAGUAUUAUUACUGUUUUAUAUUCAAUAGGUUUAUGAUUAAGAGAUGUUUUAGCUGAAAGUACUUUCUUAGGUGAUCAUACUUUAGCUGUUAAAAGAGGUAUUAACCAAGGUUUCUUAUUAUUUGUUGUUAGUGAAAUUAUGAUAUUCGCAUCAUUAUUUUGAGCUUAUUUACAUUCAGCAUUAAAUCCAACAAUGGAAAUAGGUAUGAGCUGACCACCUGCUGGAAUAGAAGCUAUUUCAGCUGAUGAAUUACCUUUAUUAAAUACUAUUAUUUUAUUAGCAUCAGGUGCAACUAUUACAUAUGCUCACCAUGCUAUUAUUAAUGGUAAUAGAAAAGGUACAAUAUUAGGAUUUGUUUAUUCUACUUUAUUAAUCUUAUUAUUCGUUUUCUGUCAAAUAUUAGAAUAUAGCUUUGCUGGAUUUACUAUUUCUGAUAGUGUUUAUGGUUCAACAUUCUUCUCUGCAACUGGUUUACAUGGUUUACAUAUGAUUAUGCUAUUUAUUAUGUUAUUUGUUUGUACUUUAAGAGUUGUUUAUUACUCAGUUACAGAUAAUAGCCAUAUCGGAUUAGAAGUUACUAUCCUUUAUUUACAUGUUUUAGAUGUUAUUUGAUUAGCUAUUUAUGUUGUUAUGUACUGAUGAGGAGCUUAA